UGAGCAGUCCGUAAGGACCACCUCAAGCAACACAUGUUCAAACAUCUGUCAGCUGAGGAGAAACCCUACAAGUGUGACCAGUGUGACUUUUCUGCAGCACAGAAAGCGAAUCUUAAGGCACACAUGGCAAAACAUGGAGAGAAACUGUACAAGUGUGACCAGUGUGAUUAUUAUACAGGUCGAAGGGACAGUCUAACAACACACAUGGCAAAGCACACUAGUGAGAAACCCUACAUGUGUGGGGAGUGCGGGUUCAGGACAGCCGAAAAGUUCUGUCUCUCCCAACACAUGAAGAUACACACAAGUGAGCCUUACAAGUGUGACCAGUGUGACUACUACUUGUCUAGGAAAAACGACUUGGACAUACACAGGACAAAACACACCGGCGUUAAACCCUACACCUGUAAGGAGUGUGGCUACACUACAGUAAGCCAGGCCUACCUCACAAGACACAUGAGGGUACACACAGGAGAGAAGCCCUACAAGUGUGACCAGUGUGACUUCUGCACGGCGUGGAAAGGGUGCCUGACUAGACACAUAGAAGAGCACACUGGUGAGAGACCCUACCUGUGUGGGGAGUGUGGGUACAGGACGACCAAGUCCAACCUGCACAGGCAUAUGAAGAUACACUCAGGAAACAAGCCCUACAAGUGUGACCAGUGUGACUUCUGCACGGCGUGGAAAGGGUGCCUGACUAGACACAUAGAAGAGCACACUGGUGAGAGACCUUACCUGUGUGGGGAGUGUGGGUUCAGGACACACAGGCAUAUGAAGAUACACUCAGGAAACAAGCCGUACAAAUGUGAGCUGUGUGACUACUGCACGCAUAGGAAGGGAAGUUUGGCAAGACACAUGGCCACUCUCUACUAA